UACUUCUGUUUUCUCAUGCAGGAUAUCAAGCCACACAUUUUGUCUGCUUUCUUGGAAACAGAGAGAUUCUACGUCCAGUCUUUGGAUUUCCUUGUGAAGAGUUAUCUCCAACCACUGAAGAGCCCAGACAACUCCAGCCUCUGUGACCAAGCAUCCCUGGAGGUGAUGUUCUACAAGAUUCCAGAGAUCCUUCUCAAUCAUCAACAGUUCCUGGACCAACUGGAGGAUCGGAUGAAACGGUGGCAUAGUGAACAGAAGAUCGGUGACAUCAUCAGUCAGUCUUUUGCUCAGCAGCCAAUCUUGGACACCUACUCAGAAUUCACCAACAACUUCAACAAAGCGAAGAACCUCAUCAGCAAGGCAACUACUAAACCAGCUUUUGCAAAAUUUCUUGAGGAAAGAGCCAAGGAGAACAAGGAGAAGUUGAGUCUGAGUGAUCUGAUUAUCCAACCUAUCCAGAGAAUACCAAGAUAUGAGCUUCUCUUGAAGGAGCUGAUAGACAACACAGCUGAUGACCAUCCCGAUCAGGAGUUGCUUCAGAAUGCACUCAGUACAGUCAACACCCUGGCCAAGGCUAUCAACGCCAGUAAGAACGAUGCUGACCAAGCCCUCAUCGAUCGCCAGAUCAUCCAGGAGCUCGCAGGACUCAUCGAUGGUAUGGAUGAUCUCAAUAUCCCUCAUCGGCGGUUCAUCAGACAGUAUCCUAUAUCAGAAACGAAAGGAUCCAAGAAGGACCAUUGUAUGUUUCUCUUCUCUGAUCUCCUUAUCUGUGCCUCGGUGAAGAGGAAAAGUGCUGUACGGAGACCUUCAGUCACAGUUCUGUCACCCUCUACAUUGCCGAUAGAGGCAAGCAAAUACAAGCUGAACUGGAAGCUUCUCCUAGAGGAUGUAGAGAUCAUCAAGUCGACGCCCACCAUCAAACGAGCCAAUCAGGAGAGAGAUCUCAGCAGACUGGAAGAGGAUCUAUCUAUUCUUAAUAACAUCAGCAGCUUGUCAGACAAUCUGAGCUGCCAGCACCAGAACCUUGAUGAGGUGAUCAAAGAAAUCACAGAGACUAUCAGGAAAACCAUUUCUGAGAGGCAGGCCCUCUCAGCUCUACCCCACGCACCUGUCAAUAAAGUAGAAUUGUCUGCCACCACUACGGAAGGUAUCGAGACGUUUGUCCUAUUCUUCAACAGCUCAGAAUUAAGGAAUAAUUUUGAAGCAGAAGUGGAAGAGGCCAAAAAGAAAUUAGCUGCUAGUUCAAGGGACCGGUUCCCACCUCUCUUCCUCUACCCGAUUCCUAUCAUGAAGACCAGGAGUGGUAUGCAGUUCUCCUGUGCAGCACCAAGUCUCGGCACCAUGAGUAACUCCCUCAAAGACGUCUGGGUGUGUAACAGCGAUGGUUACGUGGGUCAGGUCUGUCUGCUGAGUUUGACUCCUGAACCUUCCAUGGCGUCGUGUAUCUCGGUGUGCUCAGCUCGUAUCCUCUGUAUUGCAUCAGUACCUGCAUCACAUGAGAUCACGCCUAAAAGACGAUCCCUGCGCCUCACAUCCCGCUCCAAGAGCGCUGAAGGGCGUAGCCUCGUCAAGCCAUCCUCCCCAUCUCACGCCAUCGGUCCAGCUCAGUUCAACCUAAUCCAGAACUCUCCCGUCAACCGACAAGCCAGUGAGAUCAUGGCGUUCGACUCGGAGGAUAGUGAGGAUGAAGCAGAGGUCAGGUCACCGGUCAUAGGUCAAGGGUCACCCAACCUUAGAUCGUUGAUGGUCGAUGAGAAGCCAAUGGAGGAUGAGGGUAGUUCAGAUGAAGGGGAGCCUGCUGGCAGGCCUAGUCCCAUUGCAGAGGAGAAAGAUGAUCUGGAAGGGAACCAACCUACCAUGUGGCUUGGAACAGAAGACGGAUGUUUGUGUUUCCUCCACAGUAUCUAUGUAUACCAAUGCACCGACAACAUUCGGACCAAGAAGAGUCGGGCAAAGAUCCGCCAUCUUGCAGCAGUACAGUGUAUCCUGUAUCUGGAGAAUAAAGUGUUUGUUUCUCUGGCUAAUGGGGAUCUGACAGUCUACAGGAGAGAUGCAGGUCAUUCAUGGGAUACUGAUAAUCCCAUCACCGUGUCCCUCGGUAGUAGUACCACCCCUAUCAGUAAAAUGGUAUCGGUCUGUGGUAAGCUGUGGUGUGGCUGUCAGAAUAACAUCCUUAUUGUGGAUCCUGUAACUCUCAGUGUAGAGCACAAGUUCCCAGUGUGCAAUGAUAUCCAGAGGGCGGUAUACUGUAUGGUCUCCUGUGGAUGGGGUGUGUGGGUAUCACUGCAGAGUAGUGCAAUCGUUAGGCUCUUCCAUGCUACCACACAUCAGAGCAUGUGCCAAGUGGAUGUCACUCAGACAGUUCAUAAAAUGCUAGCAAGUUCCGAUGCUAUUAUCCGCCAACACAAAGCAGCUUGCCUUAGAAUCACAGCCCUUCUGGUGUGCAAAGACCUGUUAUGGGUUGGUACCAGUGCGGGCGUGGUCCUAACAUUACCCCUGCCAAAGAUCACUGCCUCCACCUCAUCCCUCAAGGAUGUCCCCAGUCCUACCGGCUCCGCUCAGGGUCACACAGGUCAUGUCCGCUUCCUCACCUCCGUGGAAGUCCCCACCGACAUCCAAACAUCCAUCACCCCCGCAACCUCUCCCGCAUCUAACGGUCGCAAGAGCGGUCUCCAGGUCAUGCAGAAUAAUAACGCAACAUCAUCAACUCCAGAGGGGAGACGUGGCUCCGGUGGAAAUCUCCUCGGCACCAGCAUCAUGGUGAUAAGUGGUGGAGAUGGGUAUGAAGACUUUGGAGCCACAGUGCCUAAUGAACUAGCAGGGAAGGAAGACAGUACAAAUCAUCUAUUACUCUGGCAGGUGUAGAAACUCUUCAGUAUCUAUGGCAACAGACCAAACAAAUUAGGAGUGACCUAAACAUGAGACUUGUGAUAUAUCAAUUGAAUACAUUGUGUAUGCAGAGUUUGAAAACACCCUAUGUGAAACAAACCAAAGUUGGACCUUCCAGAGCUGCUCAAUACAAUAGCCCUCCAUUAAGACAAAGGCUACUGCACCUGGAGGUCACAUCAUCCAUCUUACAGUCAAACUAAAGCUUAGAUCUAUGCAGGUGGGUGGGCAGUCCAAGUAUGACUUAGUCUGAUCACCGCCUAUCGAACCAGGCUGAUGAACACUGUCUUCUACAGAGAACUAUGGAUCAUCAAUGAAAUAGUGCAUCGCAAUCACUGUCUAAUUGCAUGGCUGAUGUUUUCUGUGUAGCCGGUGAACAUGUGGCCAUCACAGGUGGAAGUCAGGUGGUAUCUUGGCUACAGUCAUGUGACAAACCAUGUGACAGCCACAAUGUAUUCAUGAUAUAUCUUCUGCUUGUCCUACUUGCUAACAGCAUACAAUGAUCAAGCUGUGUUGUAUUUAAAUACUUGGAGAACAGAGUCUCUGGAUUUAGGUAUGAUGUCUGAGUAGCUUUGAGAGUGUUGUAGUAUUCAGCUGAAUGUCUUUUGUGUCUUUCUCUUCAUAUUUAUUUUGUACAUAUGUUUUGAAAGCACAGUAAUGUCUUUUCCUUUCCCAUCAAACAUGUCAUAACAGAGAAGAAUUGUCAUAAAAAGAUAAUCAUUUUUUUACCUGUGUUUUCAUUAUCAAAUACUACUUGAUAGCAGUGUAAUGUCUUUUCCUUUCCCAUCAAACAUUAUGUCAUGACAGAGAAGAAUUGUCAUAAAAAGAUAAUCAUUUUUUUUACCUCUGUUUUCAUUAUCGAAUACGACUUGGGAAAUGUUAGGGUAUGAGUGAAAUAAUGUUCUGAUCCAAACAAGGAUUGUGUGUACUGGAGAUUCAUUACAUGAGAUUAUGCAUUGUAUUCAGUUCAGUUUUCCUUUUCGUUUGAUGUUUCUUAAAAUUGAUUUGGUGCAGAAGAAAACAAUGUUUGAAAUGCUAGGCUGUACGGUCGUAUCAAUGAUUUUCUUUGUCACAUCCAAAUGCUUAUUGAUGGUGCUAUGUUAGACAUCUAUUAGCAAAGGGUUGGAUUGAACAGAGCAUUGGGAUAGUUGCAAUUUUGUAUACCAGCGUAGAACAGUUAUGCAAAAGUGAGACAGAUUUUGAUGUCCGGAGUAUGCAUUUUUUAUAAGCACUUGUACAUCCCUUCCCUGAUUGUGUGCUAUUCUAUCUAAAGAUGAGGUACAUAAUAAUCUCUACAGCAAAGUGUGGUAGUGUGAGAUCUUUCAUAAAAUGACCAAGAAUUACCAUGCAUUGUUAGUUAGUCACCUUCUGAAUUUCAAAGCUAGGAGUUUUGUGAUAUACAUAGAGAUAUGCAAUGUACUUGAAUUUAUAAGAGUUGUAAUUGUAACACUAUUACCCUUGAUGCAUUAUAUACAAAAUAUUUCAAAACAUCUCUUUGUAGUUAAUUGAUA